AUGAUGGAAGAUAUGGAAAUGACAGCAGAAGAUGGGGAUAAUGUGGAGUUUUCUACUAAUGCCACAACGAUCGACCCUUCUGUGAUUUCGUCUCGCAUUCGUCAGAGUACUUCUUUGCAAAAGGAAGAACAACGAAUGCAAGACGACACUGCUACUAGUAGUGACCAACCUCACUUUCCCAAGUUAUCUGCCGUUCAAGCCAGUGGAAAUCGAGUGGAAUACCGUCGUGUCAGAUGUCCUCCUCAUCGGUACACUCCUCUGCGGGAGCAUUGGGAAAACAUUCUCACGCCCUUGGUGGAAUACCUCAAGCUACAAGUCCGCUUCAAUACCAAGACGCGCAGCGUUGAAAUGAAAACAUCUCCCCACACAAUCGACACUGGAGCACUCCAAAAGGGAGCCGAUUUUGUUUCCGCAUUCAUGUUGGGAUUUGAAGUCCAAGAUGCCGUCGCACUCUUGCGAUUGGAUGAUCUAUAUGUUGAAUCCUUCCAGGUCACUGAUGUCAAAUUGCUUCGAGGGGAUCACUUGUCCCGGGCCAUUGGACGUGUCGCGGGACAAGAUGGUAAGACACGAUUUGCCAUUGAAAAUGCCACCCGUACACGUAUUGUCGUGGCAGAUCAACGAAUACAUCUAUUGGGAUCCUUUGCCAAUUUGAGAGUCGCACGAAACGCCAUUUGCGAUCUCAUUCUCGGAGCACCACCUGGAAAGGUAUACAACAAUAUGCGCAAUGUCGCCAAGAGAAUGUUGGAGCGAUACUAG